CAGGAAACGUGAGGGAUGAAAGCUGCUUCCGGCGGAACUCGGAAGCCCGUCUGUUUUGCUUCCUGGAGUUUUCGGUGCUGCGUGGUGUGCAACUCGCGUCUGGCGUGUCCCAGCGGGAUGGUGUUGACCCGACUGCGAGCGGGGCCUGGGCGGAGCGUGGCGAAGCGCGUGUGCGGGGUCGUGCUGGACCAUUUCGACGCGCAGUACUUCCGGGAGCUCGGGGCCGCCUGGGCGGCCGCCAGGGAUGUACUGACAUCUCCAUCGUGCUGGCAAUAUGCUGUUCUUCUUAACCGAUUCAAUUAUCCUUUUGACCUGGAAGAGGACUUACAUUUGAAGGGCUAUCGCACCAUCCUCCAAAGAUCUUUACCCCACUGUCCUGAAUCAUUGAAGUGUUACCUCAGCAGCACUCCGGGCAGGAUGCCUUCAGAAAGACACCAAGUUGGAAACCUAAAGAAAUACUACCUCCUGAAUGCUGCGUCUCUUCUCCCAGUACUGGCUCUGGAACCAAAGGAUGGAGAGAAGGUUCUGGAUCUGUGUGCUGCUCCCGGAGGCAAGUCGAUUGCCCUGCUGCAGUGUGCGUACCCAGGUUAUCUUCAUUGCAAUGAAUGCGAUGGGCUGAGAUUGAGGUGGCUGAGGCAGACGUUAGAAUCUUUCAUCCCGCAGCCUCUGGUGAAUGUAAUUAAAGUGUCUGAGUUGGAUGGCAGAGAAGUGGGAGACGCCCAGCCUGAAACUUUUGACAAGGUGUUAGUGGAUGCUCCAUGUUCAAAUGAUCGAAGUUGGUUGUUCUCUUCUGAAUCUCAGAAGGCAGCCUGCAGGAUAAGCCAAAGGAGGAAUCUGCCUGUUCUACAGAUAGAACUCUUGAGGUCUGCAAUUAAAGCCUUACGUCCCGGAGGCUUCCUUGUGUAUUCUACAUGCACACUUUCCAAGGCAGAAAAUCAAGAUGUGAUCAGUGAAGUUUUAAACACUCACAGUAACGUCGUGCCUGUGGACAUUGAGGACAUGGCAAGGACUUGCUCCCAAGACUUCACAUUUGCUCCCACUGGCCAGGAAUGUGGGCUCUUGGUGAUUCCAGAUAAGGGCAAAGCCUGGGGCCCAAUGUAUGUAGCCAAAUUGAAAAAAUUGUGUACUACGUGAAAUAGUGGCAUGCAUUUUGUGAACCAUGUCAAUGUAGUAUUAUAUUUAUUUUUCUGAGCUCUCUGCAUGUUAACAUUUAAGUAUUUAUGGAGUCACUGUCCCUGGGUCUGUUUGGAAUCCUGUUUAGUUGACACCUUAGCAUCUUAGAAUCUAGGCUUGGGAAUUUUCCAGGUGUAUUUUUUUUCCUGCAAAUAUAUCUCUAGCAAUGAUUUAGGUGGUACAGAUGGUGCUUGUUCUGUAUAAUAAAUCUGCUGUCUUUUACUUGGCAUUUUGUAGUUAAAUUAAUCAGAAUACAUAGUUUUAUGUGUAAAAUAUUUAGAAAUACCUUCUAUCCAUGAUGUUUGAACCUUUAAAAAUGCACAUUGCAGGCCUCUUCUUGUCAAAUAUACAGAUUCUUUUAGAGUUUUUCCCCCUUUUCUGUAAGAACUGAUUGGUAUUCUGAAACUAACUUCUUAAGUAGCACUAUUUCUAGUUCUGCCAAAAUAAGUGUUUAUUUGCCAAGUUGUUUUCUGUUAGGGACUGUCUUCUGUUUACUGCAAAGGUCGGUGACUCUGUUGACACAGCUUUGUUUCUCCACUUUUCUUGUAUUCACAGAUACAGAUUGAAAGCGUAUGUUAUGUUGAGGCCGUUAGAACAGCAGAUUCCCCUGCAAGUGUCUGACUUUGACAUUCAGCUUGUAGCAGAAUGGAGUCCAUCCAGCAGGCUAUAAAGCAAGCACUUGAAACAAAACCAGAAUGAUUAAUAACUGCAAUAACUGAGCCGUAUUUGGAGAGUUUUGUUACAUAAUUGCAGUCAUAAUGAGCACUGCAGACUCUGAUUAUCCUAGGGUUGCAAUCUGGAGGGCUUCUAUUUCACUCCAUCGUGAGAUGAUGUGCGUGUUGGAUGUCACAUAUUAAUGCACGAGAGGGAGAUGCCUGAUGAGACUGGAUUAUGCUGUUACCAGAGCUCAAUACGUUUACUGAGUGGCUCUCUGUUUGCAUUAUCCUGGGAGCAUUGUGUACAUUUCUGUGUACGUAACAGUUUUAGCUUCAGGUUUGGAUCAUGUGUUUUCUCUAGAAAUUGCUUCACUUGGAGUCCAAACAUAUUUUUCCAACUAUUAAGAAAAAUUCUGCAGCAUACUUGAAAAGAUUAUGUUAUUGGAAAUUAGCUUUUUUAGCAACAAUUAACUCUGACCAUAGAAAUACAGAAUUCUGCUGAAGCUGAAUCCUUUUGAAUUGUUUAUUACAUUCUAUGCAUUUAAACUCGAGGCUAUUUGCUUAUGAACUGUUUUUUGUUUUGCAAGCAUGUAUGACUGGGUUCCGAUAACUCGGAAGUCCUAGGAAGAAUGUUUUUUCUGUACCUUCAUUCUAGUAACUAUUUUUUUUUUCCUUUAUAUCUAACCAAUAAGUGUCAAGAAAACCUGGAUCUCUCGGACUCAAUGACGUGUACUGGGUUAAUACAGAAGAUUGACGAUAAGGGAAAAGAUUUUUUAAAAUUAUUUUUUAGUUUGUGCUUAUUAUUUUGUAAUUUCAGUUUGAAAUCCUGUCUUCAGAUGCUGUAGGUUUAAAAAGUGCAUUUAGUCUGUGUGGGUUAGUCACAAAGUAGAUUUUCACAGUGCACUUUGUGAAUGUUGUUCUUUUCCCAGCAUAGUGCCACGAAGCCUGACCUGAAUCCUCGGUGCCCCUGGAAAUGACCCUCCUGUGAUUGCUGAACAAUGCAAAUAUAGAUACACAGAGAGCUCAGUUUAUUAUUAACAGUAAUUAGAAUGAAAUAGCUGACAUUUAUUAAGCAUUAAAUAUUUUAUUAAGUUCUUUAUA